AUGGAGCAAGAUGUGAGAUACAAGUCUGGCACCUUGACGGACAUGGACUUCAAUGUUUUGGCAGCCGACCUUGAGCAAAUUGCGUCCAACUUGACGCAUUCGCUUGUGACGCUUCUCUUCAACCAAAGCGCACUUGACAUGUUUGACACGGCCAAAACCUUCAGGGAUGCAGCCGUCGUGAACCAAGCCAUGGCUGCCUAUAUCAAGCCAGACGUCGUUGUUGGUGAAGAUGCUGGCCGUGAUCGCCAAGGCAUGAUGCGAGUUUACUGGACUAGAGUCCAAGUCCCGUUUCGAGCAAAGGCCCUUUGGACCGAAGAAGGCUUCAAGGAGGACUACAAGGCAAGCUUGGAGGCUCGUCGCCUAGCUCAUGAGUGGGCUUCAGUUGUGAAAGGCCUGCAGGAACGCCACACGAACUAUUGGAAGGACAUCUCCAUGGGCGACCCUUGGGAGAUUGAGAAGACUUUAGUCUCUGGCUACAUCUUCAGGUUGCUUGAUUCAAAAGAAAGUCUCCUGAGCAAUACCAUGGCAAGCCUAAUCUACGUCAACAUUUUGAUGGCAGCCUUUUGCUUCCUGUUUUUGGGACCACGCUUGGGGCUGCUGCUGGCUCCCUGCAUUGCCUUGAUGACGGUGACAACCUUCGGCUUUUACGGCGCGUGUGGUUUCAAGAUCGACCCCAUCUUGGCUUUGGCUUUGCUCAUUUCUUCAGGCACAACCGUUGACUUUGUCCUUCAUUUCGUCAUGGCAGCUGCAGCCUGCACACCGGCCAAUCCCAAUAUCCACGUCUCAGGCUCUCAGCGAUACAUCGUUGCAAUGAAGAGUGCUGGAGUUGGCAUCUUUGCUUCAUAUGUUACCACUUUGGUCGGCAUUGUCCCCAUGGGCUUCGCACGGUUGAGCUCUAUUCGGUCGCUCUUCAUGUCUUAUGUCAUCAGCUUGAACGUUGGGAUUUUCUUUGGCCUCGUUUUCAUCCCUUUGGUCUCUAUCUAUGUCUAUGGGGUUGAUCUUGCUCCACGAGGCGCAAAAAAGAAGACCGAAAAGGCCGAUGAGAACGAAGUGCAUGGUGCUGGAGCCCGCUUCGUAAAGAAGAAGCGGGAUUCAGUAAAGGAAAAGGCAGAGCCGGAAGACGGCAAGUGGACGGACAAGGAUCUUUGA